UAUUGAUAAAAAAUGUCUUCAAUAUCAUCUUCCACUGUCCCUCCUAAAACAAACUAUGAUGUGUUCCUCAGUUUUAGAGGUGUUGAUACCCGCUUGAAUUUUACUAGCCAUCUUUAUGCUGCUUUAAGGCGAAAGCAUAUCACAACAUUUAUUGAUUAUACUGGUCUUGAGACAGGAGAAGAGAUAUCUCCAAAUCUUUUGAAAGCUAUUGAAGAAUCGAAGAUGUCAGUCAUCAUUUUCUCCAAAAAUUAUGCCUCCUCUCAAUGGUGUUUGGAUGAACUAGUCAAGAUAAUGGAGUGCAUGAAGUCAAUUGGACAGAAGGUUUUACCAAUUUUCUACCGUGUAGACCCUUCUGAUGUUAGAAACCAGACUGGAAAUUUUGGAGACGGAUUUCGAAAAGUUAAAGAACAAUUUCAGGAGGAUGCAGAGAAGAUUGAUAGGUGGAUCACUGCUUUGACGAAAGCAGCCAAUCUAUCUGGAUGGGAUUCGAACAAUUACAGGUAUGAAUCAGAAUUAAGUGAGGGAAUCGUUAACCGGAUCUUGAAGAAAUUGUAUCCUGCAUAUUAUAGUGUUUGCAGUAACUUGCCUGGGAUUGACUUACACAUCAAUAAUCUUUUGUCAUUGUUAUCUAUUGGAUCAGAAGAUGUUCGCUUUAUUGGAAUUUGGGGAAUGGGAGGUAUAGGAAAGACAACCAUUGCUGAAGUUCUUCUCAGUCGAAUAUUUGAUAAAUUUGAUGAUUGUUGCUUUCUCAGCAAUAUCAGGGAAAAAUCAGAAAAAGAUGGACUAUUUCACUUGCGAAAAUGUCUUUUUUCCAAACUUCUACAAAUACAAAAUGAAAAUUUGAAUCUGGAAAUGUGUUACCAGUACUUCACUAUUGUUGGAUAUGCUUAGUCCGAAAAAAAGUUCUCCAUUGUUCUUGAUGAAUGUUAUGAUUAGAUCAAUUCGAGGCUUUAAGCUGGACAAUAUAUUGAUUGGUUUGGUCCUAGAAGUAGAGUUAUUAUGACUAGUAGAGACAAAGAAGUACUUGACAAUGGAGUUGACAUAACAUAUAGGGUCGAGGGCUUACAAUACCGUGAUGCUCUUAAAUUAUUGAGUAUGAAAGCCUUCAAGCAAAAGCAUCCUCCAAAAGAUUUUAUACAGUUGUCAGAAAGGGUAUUGAAUUAUGCUAAAGGUGUUCCAUUAGCUCUUAAAGUUCUGGGUUCCCAUGUAUGCAAAAGGUCUCCAAAGGAAUGGGAAAGUGUAUUGGACAAACUAAAACAAUUCCCUGAUUCUAAGAUUCAGAAAAUCUUAGAAGUUAGUUAUGAUACACUAGAACAAAAUGAGAAGGACAUAUUUCUUGAUGUGGCUUGUUUCUUCAAAGGACAAGAUAAAGAUUGGGUGGAAGACAUACUAAAUGGAUGUGGUCUUGCUGCAAGCAUGGGAAUAAAUCGUCUGAAGGAUAAGUGUCUUGUAGUCAUUGUUCAAAACAACUUAGAGAUGCAUGACUUGAUACAAGAAAUGGGUCAGGAUAUUGCUCGACGAAGGGGUAGCCGAUUAUGGAAUCCCAAGAACAUAUGUGAUACUUUGACAACUGAGACGAUGAAAGAGGCAGUUGAAGGCAUAUUCUUGGACAUGUCUAAAAUGGGAAAGGUACACUUGAAUCAUGCAAUCUUCUCAUGGAUGCCUAACUUGAGAUCGCUGAUAUUUUUUAGGUCUCAGUACUGUUCUAAAAACAAGGAUACUGGCUUCAUGCUUGAAUCUCCUCAAUCGAAUUAUUUGCAAUAUCUUUCUAACAAGUUGAGUUUACUUCAUUGGGAAGAAUACCCUUACAAAUCUAUGCCUUCAAGUUUUUUCAUGGAGAACCUUGUUCAACUUGACUUGCGAGAGAGUCGGAUUGAACAACUUUGGACUGGAGAUAAGUGUCCUCAGCAAUUAAAAUAUCUCAAUCUUUUUGGAUGCAUGCAAUUAACCAGGCUCCCAAAUCUCUCUUCAGCAACAAAUUUGGAGUGGAUAAUUCUUGGGCUUUGUAUGAGCUUGAUUGAGAUUCCCUCAUCGAUUCAGUGCCUCCUUAAGCUCAAAUAUCUUGAUCUAUACAGGUGUGAAAAGCUGAGAACUCUUCCAAACCUCAUUCAGUUGAAAUCUCUUGCACAUCUCCGUCUUCUUGCACAUCUCCGUCUUUCUUACUGCUCAAACUUGAAGACUGCUCUAGAAAUUCCAAGAAGCAUACAAGUAUUGGAACUAGAAAGGUCUGGAUUGGAAGAGUUCUCCCCAAAUGUUCAAGUUCUUGACAAUCUUCAAUACUUAAGUAUGUGGCAAUGCAAAAACCUACGAAGUCUUCCACGUUGUCUUAAUUUAAAUUACGUUAUUAAGCAACACAUACUUAAUCUCACAGGCUGCUUGAAUCUCAAAAAAUUUCCUGUGAUUCUUGGAAAGAUUGAAGUAUUAAUGUUAAAUCAGACUGGAAUAGAAGAAUUACCCUCAUCCAUACAAUAUCUCUCUUCUCUUGUUGAGUUGGAAAUGAAGAAUCGUGAGAGGCUCCAAAGUCUCCCAAGUAGUAUUUGUGAGCUGAAAUUGCUUCAAAAGUUUGUUCUUAGUGGAUGCUCAAAGCUUAAUAAAUUGCCACCUUUAUAUGGCUUGUAUUCUUUAGAAGAGCUAUAUCUAGAUGGCAGUAGGCUAAAAGAAAUUCCCAGUGACAUAGUUUCUCUGGCCUCAUUAAGAGUGCUGAAUCUAAAUAACUGUGACAAACUCCAAGGUUUGCCAGAGCUUCCAUGCCGACUAAUGGAACUCCAAGCAGUAAAUUGCACAUCAGUCAAAACUGCAGAAUCAUCAUCAUCCUUUGCAUGCAUUGGACAUCUCAGAAAAUUCUGGCCAUAUAAAUAUCUAUUUAAUUAUUGUAAUUGCAUAAAUUUGAGCAAGAAUGUGCGCUGCAAGAUUGUGGAAGAUGUGCGUCAGAGAAUUGAAGAAAUAGCAUUUGGUACUGCUUUGUCUCAUAGGCGCGCAAUAAAUAAUUCAGAGGGGGAUAUUGUAAUUGGUUUACCCGAAGGUGAAAUUCCAGAGUGGAAUAUUGUCAUUGGUUUACCCGGAGGUGAAAUUCCAGAGUGGGAUGCUGUUGUUUGUUUAUUCAAAAAUGAAGUUCCGGAGUGGGAUACUAUUGGUUUUCCAAGCAGAAUCCCAAAGUGGUUUAGUUAUCAAGGCCAAGGAUCCUCAUUUUCUAUCCUGUUCCCUCCCAAUUGGUUUGAUGUCUUAGGUUUUACUUUUUGUGCUGUUAUAGAAUUUGAUAUUCCUCUUAACAAAUGUGAUGAUUUCUUCAUUACAUGUGAAUGUCAUUUCAAAAGAGUGAUAACGGUGGCCGGAAAGUUCAGUUCAGAAGUAGCACCAUCCAUUUGGAGGUCAUUCUUCACUCAGAUCACUUGUUCCUUUGGUACGAUAAUUUUCACGCUAAUCUUAAUUUAAGGAAAUGGCUCAUAGGAAACAAAGUCAAUGAGGGCUUAUGCAAGUUCAAAGCAGAAGCAAGAGGAUUUAACAAGGGGAAAUUAAAGGUGAAUGGAUGUGGUCUACAACUACGGUAUGCUGAAUGGAUGCCGGGGAAACGGAUGCGUAACAGACUCCAAAACAAAAUUUCCGUAGAGUGUGGAUCAACCAAGCGGAGAAGCAGGGAAGACUACUGCUCUAAUCAAACUGAUAUCAUUGGAGAUGGCAUGUUUGAUUAUGUGGAAGAGGAACCUCACCCAAAAAGAUUAAAGCAAGCAAUUUUGCUUUGUGAAUGAUUACCUCUUCUAAUGUUUAAAGGGAUCGACUCUGUUGCUCUUAUGAUUAUUUCAAUCUCUUGUCCGGAAAGUGACCAUAGCAUGUCCUGUUUUUCUACUUUUGCCAUUAUGGCAAGCAACUGGACUAUGAGUAUGACUCUAUCUUUCACUGUUUGUUGUCGUCGUAUUCUUUUGUUGUGCUCAAUAGCACUCAUUGCCUUUGAUGGAAAAUAAAAGUGAAACCUUAGUAGACGCCAAUCAAUAUAUAUUUUGUUGAAGACUAA